AUGAAUCUCCUCAACAUGGAUGCGGAGAACCGCGUCGUUCUCAACGUGGGCGGCAUCAGGCACGAGACGUACAAGGCUACGUUGAAGAAGAUCCCGGCGACGCGAUUGUCCCGCCUGACGGAAGCACUCGCCAACUAUGAUCCCGUGCUCAACGAAUACUUCUUCGACAGGCAUCCAGGCGUCUUUGCGCAGGUCCUUAACUAUUACAGAACGGGGAAACUACACUACCCGACGGAUGUCUGCGGACCGCUGUUUGAGGAAGAACUCGAGUUCUGGGGACUUGACGCGAACCAGGUGGAGCCUUGCUGCUGGAUGACGUACACACAGCAUCGGGAUACCCAAGAGACCUUAGCAGUCCUAGAUCGUCUAGAUCUGGACACGGAGAAGCCGUCUGAUGAAGAAGUUGCGCGCAAGUUUGGUUUUGAAGAAGACUACUACAAUGGUACCGUAUCCUGGUGGCAACAGCUCAAACCUCAAAUGUGGUCUCUCUUUGACGAGCCAUAUAGUUCUAAUGCUGCAAAGAUAAUCGGGGUGAUAUCGGUGUUUUUUAUUUGCGUGUCGAUAAUAUCGUUCUGUCUGAAAACGCACCCGGACAUGAGAGUGCCUGUGAUCAGGAACUAUACAGUGACAACCGCGAAUCAGUCCCAAAGUUGGGCGUUGGACAAAGUGCAAACAAACGCCCACAUAGCGUUUUUUUAUAUCGAGUGUGUGUGCAACGCGUGGUUCACCCUCGAAAUCCUCGUUAGGUUUAUAUCUUCACCCAAUAAGUGCGAGUUUGUCAAAUCGUCCGUCAACAUCAUCGACUACAUCGCAACUAUGAGCUUUUACAUCGAUUUAAUCCUCCAAAAAUACGCGUCUCACGUGGAGAAUGCAGAUAUUCUAGAGUUCUUCUCCAUCAUACGUAUCAUGAGAUUAUUUAAGUUGACCAGACAUUCGUCAGGUCUUAAGAUCCUUAUUCAAACAUUCAGAGCAUCGGCUAAGGAAUUGACGCUCCUAGUAUUUUUCUUGGUGCUCGGUAUUGUAAUAUUUGCGAGUCUCGUGUAUUACGCAGAGAGGAUACAGACAAAUCCACACAACGACUUUAACAGCAUUCCGCUGGGAUUGUGGUGGGCGCUCGUCACCAUGACUACUGUAGGGUACGGUGAUAUGGCCCCGAAAACCUACGUUGGUAUGUUCGUCGGUGCACUUUGUGCUCUAGCUGGUGUGCUGACGAUAGCUCUUCCCGUUCCUGUCAUUGUAUCAAACUUCGCCAUGUAUUACUCACACACGCAGGCUCGAGCGAAGUUACCUAAGAAGAGGCGAAGAGUAAUAAACGUGGAACCAACGAGACCUCCACUCCGUGCACCAGGAGUACCAGGCGCCCCAGCGGGACCUCUCGCACCAGGUAUGGGACAGCAAGCCGUGAACAGAAGAAUGAAUGCCAUAAAAACAAACCAUCCAAAAGAUAUUAUGGGACCUAAUAUGGUCGCAAGCUUGAUGCCGGGAAUGGAUCUGACAGUAGCGACCCGUCUUUCCCCAAGUCCACGAGACAUGAGCCCAGCCCUCGCUAUAGCACUACCAAUGAUGAAGUCAGUUAACUUAGUCCCGGCACAAUGCUUCGAUAACAUGGCAUACCACAUAGAAAAAACAGAAGAAAACAAAGAAGACAGCAAAUCUAAACGUGAUUCAAUCGAAAGUGAUAAUACAGUCAAGGCUAAUAAUUUCAACAAUGAUUACGCAGAUAAAAUUGAAGAAAAGACAGACGCAAGAACACCGCUCCUCAGAGGUCACAAAAUUGAAUCACUGGAUGAAACAAAACUACGAGAUAACAAAAUUGAAAAACGAAAAUCAUCAGCAUCUACAUAACAGAUAAUAUAAAUUGUUAC